AUCCCCAAACCCUCAGUUUUCAGCUGUCUCCAGGUGCCCCGCCAGGCUACCUCGACGGCCCCACUCACGGCCCGCAAACUCCUCACCCGGCUGGAGGGCGACAACCGCGAAAAGGAGGGUGACUCUCCUCGGCGGGGGCUUCAGGUGACAUCACAUCCUCCAAAUGCGAAAUCAGUCUCUGGGCAGGUCGAAGGGCGCAACUCCCCCGCUCCCCCCGCUCUGCGCCCCACCGGCUCCCGUGCGCCUCUCCUCGCGCCCGAGCUUCGAGCCGAGCCGCGCCGCGUCCUGGGGAGCGCGUCAUGGCCUCUCCCGUGACCGCCUUGCUCCUGCCGCUGGCCCUGCUGCUCCACGCUGCCAGGCCGAGCCGGUUCCGGGUGUCGCCGCUGGAUCGGACCUGGAACUUGGGCGACAAGGUGGAGCUGAAGUGCGAGGUGCUGCUGUCCAACCCGUCCUCGGGCUGCUCGUGGCUCUUCCAGAAGCGCGGCGCUGCCGCCAGCCCCACCUUCCUCCUGUACAUCUCCCAAACCAAGCCCAAGGUGGCCGAUGGGCUGGACGCCCAGCGCUUCUCCGGCAAGAAGAUGGGGGACAGCUUCAUUCUCACCCUGCGCGACUUCCGCGAGGAGGACCAGGGCUUCUAUUUCUGCUCGGCCCUGAGCAACUCCAUCAUGUACUUCAGCCCCUUCGUGCCGGUCUUCCUGCCAGCGAAGCCCACCACGACGCCAGCGCCGCGACCACCCACACCGGAGCCCACCACCGCGUCGCAGCCCCUGUCCCUGCGUCCACAGGCUUGCCGGCCCCCGGCGGGGGGCGCAGUGGACACGAGGGGGCUGGACUUCGCCUGUGAUAUCUACAUCUGGGUGCCCUUGGCCGGGACCUGCGGGGUCCUUCUCCUGUCACUGGUCAUCACCGUUUAUUGCAAUCACAGGAACCGAAGACGUGUUUGCAAAUGUCCCCGGCCUGCGGUCAAGUCUGGAGGCAAGCCCAGCCCUUCGGAGAGAUACGUCUAACCCUGUGCGACAGCCACUACGUUACUUCACACUGAGAUCUUGCCUGUUGAGAGAGCAAGUCCUUCCCUUUCAUUUUGUCCAGUCUUCCUCCCUAUGUAUUCAUUCUCGUGAUUAUUAUUUUAGUGGGGGUGAGGUGAGAAAGAAUACUUUUUCUUUAUGUGUUUGACGGGAAACAAAACUAGGUAAAAUCUACAGUACACCACAAGGCUCAAAAUACUUUUGGGCGCACAUUGGGGUAGCGGGUGGAAAGGGGCAGGCCAGAGCCGCCCGCGGAGCCUGUUCUCAGAAUCGUGCUGACAAGAGCGGGAGGCACCCAGCCAUCUCAACCUCCUCUCCGCCCAUUUUACAAAGGAGGAGGCUGACGCCCAGAGACAAUUUGAUCAGCGGCACGCAGCAAGCCAGGGUUGGAGCUGGAGCUGGAGGGACCUUGCUUCCCAGCUCAGGACUCUUUCCUUCACACCGUUCAGGGCUUGCUUUCGGAGGCCCCCCUGUCUCAGGGUGAAGUGCUUGAGUCUCCAACUUCAAGGAAACAAGAACUUCUGGAUAACCUGGGAUACUGUGCCCAGAGCCUCGAGGAGGCAAUGAAUUAAAGAAGAGAACUGCCUUUGGCAGAGUUCUGUAAUGUAGGUGAACAAUAUCAAACUUUUUAAAUAUAUAUAAUAAAGCCUAAAAUUGUAUAGAUCUAAAAUAAAGUGAAGGCUGAUCUUCACCCUGGAAAAUGAAUCCCUGGGUCGCUAAAGAAAAUCUCUGUGAAACCGCUAUGUGGAGGCAGAAUUGCUGUCUCAGCCCUUGCCUUGCAGAAGGGCCCAUGAAAGAGGAGAGGCCACUCCUUUACACAUAGAGUCUGAGCAUCAGUGAGGUUAAACUAAGGCCCUCUUGAAUCUCUAAAUUUGAGAUACCAGAUUCAAACAUGCUGUUGGGAUCACUGAUGACUCUUUACACUUUGUAAAGACAAUUGUUGGAGAGCUGCUCACACAGCCCUGGCCUCUGCUCAACGACCAGAUGCGCGGAUGAGGCAGACCUGACUCUACUCUCUUAAGGAGGCUGAGAGCCCAAGCUGCUGUCCCAAACAAUGUCCUUGCUUACCGUAUUAUACAAGCAAUGCCUGCCACCAUUAAAGAGAAAAAAACUUAAGUAGAUAAGGAAAUACGAACCACUCAUAAUUCCUUCACCUGUUAAUAUGGUGUACAUUUUUCCUGAUUACUUUCUAUACAUACAUGUAAAGUAUGUCUUUCUUUUUAAAAUGGGAUGGUACUGUUGCUGUUAUAAGUGGCUUUAAUGAAUAAACAUUUGUAGCAUCCUCUUUAAACAGUAUCC